CAAUUACCAACCAACGUCUCCUCUCACCAUCCACCGCUCUCGUUCUGUAGCCCCCAGCUCUGUGGCAUCCGCAUUCAUUCUUCCCACCCCCAAGAGAUUCGAUUCCUGAGACACGCCGUACACCCUCAACCACAAUGGCCGGAGACAAGGAGUUCACCCUACGGGAGGUCGCCGCUCACGACACUAAGAAAGAUCUCUAUCUUAUCGUUAAUGAGAAGGUUUACAAUGUCACAUCCUUCGUUGAUGAGCAUCCUGGCGGUGAGGAAGUUCUUCUAGACGUUGGCGGUCAAGAUGCCACAGAAGCUUUCGAGGAUGUUGGCCACAGCGAUGAGGCUCGCGAAAUCCUUGAGGGGUUGCUGGUCGGAAAGGUCAAGAGACAGCCUGGCGACCCUGCUCCCGUCCGAAGCCAGACCUCCACGACAACCAGUGCUCCUUCCGGAGACGUUUCCACCGGCCUCGGAAUCGGACUCUAUGCCAUCCUCGUCCUCGUUGGCGCCAUCGGCUACGGCUUAUACCAAUACUUGAACACGGCGACUCCAGUUCAGGCUUAGAAACGCCCUCUAAAAAUAUUUCGUUUCUGGUGACCUCGACCGUAUUUCUACGCCAUUCUUUUCCCAGCCCUUUGAUACAUUGGCGCGUCAGCAAUUUUUAUCGCGCUAUGUAACGUCCUGAAUAUGUGGUAUCUGUUCGAUUUUUACCCAUAGAUCUCUUAAUUGACUAUGAGCCCGAGGAGUUUAGAUCGAUGUCACUCUCAAAGGCUUCUUGGGUUCCGGUUCCUUCAUGCAACUAUAUUCUAUAAUUUUUGUUCCCCUCCCCGUUACGAGUGUUUUCGCUGGAUGGUGUCCUUUACACCCCGUACCUCUUGAUAUUUGCUUUGCUUGGCCCCGGCGCGGGAUUGUCGCAUGAAAUGCUUAUCGAAAGACUACUUUGAUAGAAUGCAAAGAUUGUUCUUUUUUGUCUC